UCAAUUAUGAAUCUCUUCCAUGCUUCCUAUUUAUAAGACUUUUAGGUGCCCAUAAAUUUGGAUAGCUAGUUAGUUCCAUUCUCUUAAAUUCCAUACUUCAUUUCUUAACUUCUUUGACAAACCACAAAAUAGAGUAUUUCUUUUCAUUUCAUUUCUUCUCUUUAUCCUCAGUUUUUUGUCUGUGUUAUGGCUGAUCAUUCAUCAAGCAAUGGAAACCAUGAAAUUGCUAUGAAUGUAAAUGGUGAUUCCUCCAAAAAUUUUGAAGAUAACUCAGAAUAUAAAGACUAUGUGCCACUUUUGCAAAAGUUGGUGGCAGAAUUGGUGGGGACAUACUUCUUGAUAUUUGCAGGAUGUGCUGCAGUUGUUGUAAACCUUGACAAUGACAAAGUGGUAACACAUCCUGGGAUUUCAAUUGUUUGGGGCCUCACUGUUAUGGUUUUGGUUUACUCGCUCGGUCACAUCUCUGGUGCUCAUUUUAAUCCUGCGGUCACCAUCGCUCACGCGUCAACUAAAAGAUUUCCCCUUAAAGAGGUGCCAGCUUAUUUGAUAGCACAAGUUCUUGGAUCCACUCUUGCAAGUGGAACACUUAGACUUAUAUUCAAUGGGGAUAAGAAUCAUUUCCCCGGAACACUUCCGGCUGGUUCGGAUCUUCAGGCAUUUGUGGUUGAAUUCAUAAUCACUUUUUAUCUUAUGUUCAUCAUCUCUGGAGUUGCCACGGAUAAUAGAGCGAUCGGUGAAUUGGCUGGACUUGCAGUUGGAUCUACGGUACUUCUAAAUGUCAUGUUUGCCGGGCCAAUUACGGGAGCUUCAAUGAACCCUGCAAGAAGUUUAGGGCCUGCUAUUGUUCAUAAGGAAUAUAGAGGAAUAUGGAUAUAUUUAGUCGCAACGACUCUAGGUGCCGUGGCCGGUACAUGGGCAUAUACUUUCAUCCGGUACACGAACAAGCCGGUGCGCGAAAUUAGUAAGAGUGCAUCUUUUCUUAAAGGGGUACAAAAUGGGGAAGCAAGGUGAUUCAUCAAGGAAUUUUAAAGGCUUUAUAUCUUCAAUUUCCAUUUUUGAAGAUCAAUCUAGAGGAAAUGGUUUAACAUUUAUCCAUGCAUUAACUGUAAUAUUUAUGUUUUGUUACAAACACACACUACACAAAUUUCGUAUCAACAAAUAAAUUGUAAAAGAGGUUUGAUGAUUACUUUGAUGAAUCUCUGAUUCAUGCUCAUUCUCAUUUGAUUCAAAAUCUAACUAAUUACAAGAGCUAAGAUUGGAAUAUAUAGGAUAGUUUGAAGUUGAUUGAUUUGUAACAACUCAACCACUUCUAACUAACCUUCUAACAACUUACUAACCACCUUAUAAUUAGAAAAUUUCUUUAGCCACCUCCCUAUGGGGGUCACCCCCAGCGAAAAUCCCAAAAUACCCCUGCUUCGGAAAUGAACUUUCGAAGCACUUUUUUCUUUAAAAAAAUUUCCAUAAUUCGGAAGUUCAUCUCCGAAAACACCUCAUGGGGGGUGUCUUCGGAGAUGAACUUCCGAAAACACCUCAUGGGGGGUGAAUUCGGAAGUUCAUUUCCGAAUUAUGUAGAAACUGUGUUUUUUUUAUGUUUUUUCUUAAACAGUCUCGCAUUUUAAUUAAACGCAGACGCCAAAUAAAAUAAGCAACAGAUAAACUGAAAAUACUAAUACGAUAAAUAAAAUCCAAAUAAUAUAUACAAGUCGAACCAAAUAGUAAUAGUGUGCGUAAUAUACAAUCCGAAAACAAAAAAUAAAUAAACCCGACCACUACUGGGUGUGCCUAACCCUCUCACCCUGAGCUCUCCUCUGCCGCCUGUACCCCGCCGCACGGCCCGCAUCAGUGACGAUUGCCUCCAUCACGGCGACUGCGUCUGGACCGCCCUGAUGAACGACACCCCGAUCCAAGGCGUCCCGCCCAAGCAUCUCUAUCCGCUGGCAGAUCGGCAGGAGAUCAAUGGCGUGGUCAUCCUCGGCCUGCUGGUUCUCCAGGAUCUCCUCAUGUGCUGGCCUAAGAGCGCCGGGAACGUCGGGUCUCAGUAGAGGAUGGGACACCCGGUAGAACCAUGUGACGUACCCCUCCUCACUGUGCCAGUCCUGUGUGACCCGAGUGAGACGGUACUCCUGUGGUACCACAUGCUGCUGCCACUCCGCCCAUAUGGCAGUGAGCUGCACUCGGGUCACUGUGUCGGGAGCAGCCUCAGACGGUGACCUGGGUAUCCGCUGUACGAAUCCAAACUGACGCAUGCACCGCUCUGGGAGAUACCGGACCAUGAUGCCGGUCCCGCAUGCCAACCAGCCUGAAUAUAGAGCAAUGCCGUCAAAGGGGACAAUCUGAGCGUAGUCGACAAACGGCCUCCAGGUGACGUCGUCGUGCAUCGUGCGGUCCAAGUACAGACGGUAUGGUCCCACCGCAUCGUUCCCCAUCUGGAGAGCGUAUCUGGCGGCCCUGGGCAUGGCGUCCACGUACAUGGUCGUUAAACCACUCAGCUGCUGGUUUAAACAGACCGAAAAAUCUUGCGGGCGUGGUUGACCAUUUUCAGCGGCUCUCUCUCCUGUUACAAAAAAAAACAAAUAAGCGACAUAUAUUAAAUAAGCGGACAUAUAUUAAAUAAGCGACAAAUAAACGGUUAGAUUAUAAAAAAUGGUGACAAAUAAACGGUUAAAUUAAAAAAAUACCUCUCCCUCCCAGAUCCGCCGAGCGACGUGAUCGUGGUAGUGAAUCAGCACGGAAGUGUCAAAGGGCCCUCCCGGACAGCCAUCCUCCUGCUCAUCCUCCUCCCCGGCUGGAGGGUCAACAUCCGGUACACCCUCCGGCUCGUAGUAUGGCACUGGCACCUCCUCCUCCUCCUCCUCCUCCUCUCGCUGGCGGGAAGAAGAUACCCGAGCCAGCCGACUCCUAGAUCCUGAAGCAGAUGUACCCUCUCCCACGUCCACGGGAACUCGCACACGGGGUCCCCGGCCCUGCCCCCGUCCCUGGGUCGACGCCAGCUGCGCCGCCGCCCGCUCGCGUCUAGCCGACGCAGUCUGAGACUCUCUCCCCUAUCUGAUGCGUGCUGGUUGGUUGCCUGACAUGUUCCUGUAAACAAUUGAAAUCGAUUAAUAUGCGAGAUAAAAGAAGAAACAAAAAUAAUUGAAAUUCUGAUACAGUUCGGAAGUUCAUUUCCGAAAACUGGGAUGGAGGUGUUUUCGGAAAUGAAGUUCCGAAACACCCCUGCGAUGGAGUUUUCUGCAACUCCCAUGGCAGACCCCAAAACCAAACAUCAAACCUAUGUCUACACAUUCUAAACAUCCUAAAUAUCAGUAUAAACCUAACCUAAUACAUUUUUUGCUAUUUGUAAACACCCUAAUAUACAUUUUAAUCAUAGAUCUUAAAAUCAAAAUGCUUACCGAUUGAAUGGAUUUGAGGACUUUUAAAUGUAAUAGAGCAAGUAGUUGGAGCCUUUGAGGUAGCUUGGAACUGGUUUGCACAAAAAUCUCUUGGGGUGUGAGUUUGGAAGAAGAUUAGGGUAAAUGAUUAGGGGGAGGGGGCUGUUUGGCUUAAUCUGCAAAACGCGCAGUAUUUCAGAAAUGAACUUCCGAAAUGGUGUUUUCGGAAGUGCAUUUCCGAAAUAAGUCAAUUUUUUUUAAAAAAAAAAGCGCUUUCGGAGAUGCAUCUCCGAAAACACCUUUUUCCUGCAUUUCAGAAGUUCAUUUCCGAAGUCAGGGGUAUUCUGGGUUUUUCACCAGAGGUGAGCUAGAAGGUUGGGAGGUGGCCAAAGAAAUUCUCUAUAAUUAUAGCACUAACUAGAGACUACUAAAGUAACUCCUUUUGAAAAUAAUACUUGUAAUAGUGUGCUUUUGAAAUCAUGGAUUUUUUGCUAUGAACAUGGUUGAACAAUUGUCAUAGUAAACAAUGACCUUAGUAUGAUUAGUGAUGCAGAAAUCAUGUAAAAAUAACAUGGGUAUAUUUACUUAGACAUAAGGGUAUACAUUUCUUUGAUUUUGCUUGUUCAAGACCCAAAUAUUUUUAAGGAUUUCAAGAUCCUUUAUACUGAAUUUUCUAUCUAAUUAUUUUACAAGAAUAAUUUCAACUAAAUCAGCUCCAACAAAAUUAAUCAAAUUUAAGUAGACCGUUAGUAGUUUUUUUUGUCAAAUAGUUUAGUGGCUGAAAUUCACUUUUUAAAAAUAAAUAAGUGGACUGUCGCAGAUUCAAACAUGCAUCUUUGCAGCUUAAUGUCCUUGCACAACUAUUAAUUAAGAUGGUUUAAUAGGACAAGUAUCACUAAUUUUUGUGUAAAAAGGAUAGUCAAUUAUAUUGAUGGAGUUUGGAAGUGGAUUGUGUUGGGAAUUUUUUUAAUUAAUCAAGACUUUAUUAAUUCAUACUCAAUUCAAGAUGAAAUAGAAAGUGAAAGCGUACCUUUAAGAUCUAUGUAAUUUUAAUGAGAAGAUGAUGAUCUUGAUAGAGUAGUGACCUUCCAAUUGUAGUUUUUUUAUUCUUUAGUUUCUCUUCCAAUGAGAUAGAGAGAAUAAACAUUCUAAGAUAUUUUCUUGUGUAUACAAUUGGGGACCAUAACCCCUUAUUUAUAAGAAUCAAUGUGCUUUCGUGAAGAUUCGUGUUUAUUCAAGUUUAGAAUUUGAUGCCCUUCUAUGAAAGGUUUCUUAUUCAAGGCUAUGAUUAUUGGUAUCUACACAAUAUUUUUCUGGGAAAUUACAUCCUUGACCAUAUAAACCUUAUAUUAAAUAGAUCACUUUAAUUUUCCUAAUUAAUAAUGGUCCUAACACAUUAAUUUAUUACAUAUAUGACCUAAAAAAUUCUAACAAUAUCCCAUUUGUCAUAUAUGUAUCCUUAUGAAUGUGUUAAACUUUAUGAGCUCAAAAUUUUCAUUAUAAACAUUGGACAUAUCCUCAUCUCAUAAUUAAACUCAUCAAUGAUCACAAAUAUAAACACAACUAAAUGACAUAGAUUAAUCAUAAAAAGUGUAACAUGAAAAUUACGCGAAGGUGAUCAAUACAUGUCAAUUUUUAACUGGUUCUCCUUACUUUAAUGAAAUUAAUAUUAUCAUACACAGUGCAAUGAACUGAAUAACCAAAAUUUAUUUCUGAUCAGAAAGUAAUAAAAAUAUAUGAGUAUGUAUAUGUACUAUCAAAUAAAGUACAUAACCUAAUUAGAAAGAAAAGAGGAAAAAGAUAGAAAGAAGAGAAGAGGAACAUAGAAGAGAAGGAGAAGGGAUUUGUAGAUUCUUGAAGAGGGUGGAUUAAGUGUUAGAGGUAAGGGUUUGAAUCCAAGUUCUUAUAGUUUAUAUGAUUGGGUAAUGUUAUGUAUGCUUUCUAUUCUUCCAUUUCAUGAAUUUAGAAAAUGUUAGGGUUUAUGUGAGAUCAAUUGAAUUUUUGUGAUUUGUUCAUGUUCAAUGUGUUGUAUGGAUGACCCAUGGUUAGGAACAUGUUUAGGAACGAGUAUGGGGCUUUGAAAGCUUAACGAGUAUGGGGCUUUGAGUUGGUUAUCUAGUCUAGAGAGAAUGGCAAUUGGCAUGACCGGAAAUGAUAACGGAGGAAUCCACAUGCAUAUCGCAUAGAGUCACACUUGAGUCGCACGUGUCGGUGUGAAAUGUUGUUAUGUGUGAUUAUGUGGUAUGAAUGUGUGGAUGUGAAUUCGAUUGAUAUGCAUAUAUGUGGAAUGAUGAAUCAUUUGAUAUGAAUUAGAAAGUGUGAUGGGAAUGAGAUAUAUGUGAUUAAAUACA